CACACAUUUCUCUCCAUUAAGACUUUGAACUCUAUCACUGCCAAUAUGUUGGAAGCACGUCUCGAACAGGCCGACCUGCUGAAGAAGGUUGUCGAUGCUAUCAAGGAUCUGGUCCAGGACUGCAAUUUUGAUUGCAAUGACUCCGGCCUCGCGCUCCAAGCCAUGGACAACUCCCACGUCGCCCUCGUUUCUAUGAUGCUCAAGGCAGAGAGCUUCUCCCCUUACCGAUGCGAUCGCAACAUCGCGCUCGGUAUCAACCUUUCUUCUCUCACAAAAGUCCUCCGUGCCGCGGGAAACGAGGAUAUCUUGACACUCAAGGCUGAAGACGCGCCAGAUGUUCUCAACCUGGUUUUCGAAAGCAGCCAGAGUGAUAGGCUGAGCGAGUAUGACUUGAAGCUUAUGGAUAUUGAUCAAGAGCACCUGGGAAUCCCUGAUACCGAGUAUGCGGCUACAGUUACAAUGCCUUCUACUGAGUUCAAGCGGAUCUGCGGUGAUCUCGUGCUCCUCUCAGAAUCUGUCUCUAUUGAGGCAUCCAAGGACGGUGUCAAGUUCUCUUGCAAUGGUGAUAUUGGUAACGGGGCGGUCACUCUUCGAAGUCACAGCAAUAUCGACAAGCCAGAACUCAACGUUGACAUCGAACUCACCGAGCCUGUCUCCCUGACAUUCUCCCUCAAGUACCUCGUCAACUUCUGCAAGGCUGCGGGCCUUUCUAAGUCUGUAAAGCUUUGCUUGUCCAAUGAAGUUCCUCUGCUGGUCGAGUACGGCCUGGCUGGAAGCAGUUAUCUCAGAUACUACCUGGCUCCCAAGAUUGGCGACGAGGAAUAG